CCCAAAAAGGACUGUCGAUCUCUUUCUUCACCGACCUUACCUUACCUUUUGUAGCUAUCCCGCAUAAGAAAUUUAAACUUUGUAAAAUAAAAUUAAAGCGGGGGCAGUUGGCCUCCACCAGUCAACUUAAACAAAUCUUGAUUAUGAAACCGUCGAAGCUUUAAACAAAUUCGUAGAGUAUGUGUGGACCUUUUUAUUUUUCCUCCGUUCUAUCAUACUCUCGUAGAAGGUUUUGAAUAUUCUGAGGGCCCUUUAAACGUCGAAUUCCGUAGAUCUGCAUCCACAAAUCUGUGUUGCUGCUGAGAUUUUUCAGAGCUUAAAUUUGCUCUAUUUUGACAUAAAAUUGGUCCAGAUUGAUCAAGAUUUUGCCUCGAAAGUCCAUGAAUAAUGGCAUCAUUGAAGACAGAGAAUGUUGUUUCCAGUGAGGCACAUCCAUCGGCCGAGGCAAGCAAUACGGCUUCAAAACCUCGGAGGAACAGUUUUUUUUCACGUUUGUGGAAUGGAAUUUUUAGAGGCGGAAAGGAAGACUUUGAGAAGAAGCUAGAAUACAUUUCAAAGGAAGAGGCUUCUGUUCAUGCUAAAUCAAAACGCCGCGCUCAAAAUUGGCGAAAGAUUGCUCGCAUGCUUAUAAUUUAUUCGGCCAUCUUAGAGAUAGUGGCUCUUGUGUCUGCAAUAAUGUCGACAAGAUCUCCAGAUUUGACCUGGCAAAACCGAGCUCUUCGUGUACUGCCAGUCUUUGCCUUGCCAGUAAUAUCUAUCAUUAUAUAUUCUACACUUGGUAGCUAUUUCCGCAUGCGUGAAAACAAAGACCAAAAGACACUUGAAAAAUUGCGUGCUGAAAGGCAAGCUAAAAUCAAUGAACUUAAGGAGCGGACGAACUAUUACAUGACUCAGCAGCUCAUACAGAGAUAUGAUCUUGAUCCUGCAGCAAAAGCUGCUGCUGCCAGUGCUUUGGUGUCUAAAUUGGGGGCAGAAGCAGGGCUGAAUGUCUUCAUACAAGAUGCAAGCCUUGUUCAAAAUGAAGGUAAAAGCCAUGAUAGGGAAGUUGUACAACCUGCUGGGCUGCGAAACAGGAAACAGCCACAUGGGAGGAAUCCAAGUGUUGGAAGCAUCACAACAGAGCAAUUAGCUGAAGCUGAAAAACCGGGUACUUAUACAAUGCCAGUAAAUCCUUUGGAUGGCGGAAGGCAUCAGGGAUUUGUAGUUGACAACCAUCCGAGGGCAAGAGCUAGUGAUGGGGGAUGGAUUGCUCGUCUUGCCGCCAUGCUUGUUGGUGAAGAUCCAUCACAAUGCUAUGCCUUAAUUUGUGCCAACUGUCACAUGCAUAAUGGUUUGGCAAGGAAAGAAGAUUUUCCGUACAUUACAUAUUACUGCCCACACUGUAAUGCACUGAAUGGUUCACAGCAAGCGGAAGCUGUUAACAUGACAGCUGGGUCAGGAACAUCCAAUUUGGCAACUGAUGGAAAUGAAAGCUUGUCUGGACAUGGGAAGGCUGUUAGCAGUAAUGCAGGAAAGGGAGCUGGUAAUGAAGACAUUAGCAAGCUGGCAAAUGCUUCCGUUUCUGAGACUACCAAACAAACUGAAACAAAAUCUGAAAACCCUGCUUGUUGAGGAUUGCUUUUGUGCGAGUCAGGUGUGCCUGAGCCUAAAGAUUCUUGUUUGCUUAUAGGGAAAAUUGUCAAAGGUUUGUGAUUAAGUUUUUUAUGGAGAAGAUUCAAGUGUAUUGAUUAGAAUCUCUUGGUAGGUUUAUGUCACAUCUGUUAAAUAGGAAAAGCAGCCUUGAUGUUAAUGAUCAGUUCCAAUUGUUUUGAUGUGGACUAACAGAAAUCGCUGAUUUGAAGAGUUGAAAACUUCAAGUCAAGAUUCAUUCCAUAUAUCAAUUGAUCUUUUUGGAUGCAUGAUUUCCAAUUUGUUUGAUUUAGGAUGCAAGAAUAUUUAUGAGAGUAGUUUUCCCCUGCGUAUUGUGAUCAGGUGUAACCGUGUAUGUACAACAUUUGAGCUUUGCCAGUAAUGAUAUGAUUCAUCUAUACAGGAUUGAAAUAACUGAAAUCUCUUGCCAUUUUAGUUAUUCGGGAAUGCAUGGGAUGGUCGAUCCAGCAUUUAUAGUAGGCAAUUAAAAGGUUGCCUUAUCAGAAGUGGCAUUCAUUAUGCUUUACUAGCUGGCUAUAAGAAGCCUUAUAUAAUCUUCAAAUGUCUUUUGUAAUUAAAAUGAUUGGGGAGAUUAUGAGAGGUUUCUAAAGGGAUUGGGGAGAUUAUGAGAGGUUUCUAAAGCCUUACUCAGAUGUUCUCUGCCAUUCAGAUCUUGUUUUCCAUGAGCACAAAACAUACAAGGGUGAAAUACCCUAAUUCUUCUGUUACUAUUUCAAGAGAUAGAAAGCAAAUUUCAAGAAGCAGAGAUAAAAGAUUUGAUUGAAGGGACUUCUAAAUGGUUAGGUAGAGGGAAAGGUCACUAAUAGCGUGUCAAAGUAUGUUCUAUAUUUGGAGCUAAGUCACUACAUACGCUACCAUUUUCACUUCACAUUGACAUCCUGGAAAUGAGUUUCAUUUUUCUGCAAAUGUUUGCUAUUAAAAGUGUUUUGUUUAUGUACAUAAAAUGGCAAGGCCAUGAAGAUAUUGCAAAGUACAGGCUAUGUAAAAAUGGCUGUUGAGCACUGAAUAAUUAUCGUACAAAUUCAAAAACAUAGUUUAUCCCUGCAAAAGUCAUCUAAAGCUUCUGUGCCAGAAUACAAAACAUUAAAACCAACGUUUAUAUAUUAAAUUUUGCUAGUUAAGAUGAAAUCCUGAGAAGAACACUAUAAUGGCAGAGCUCCAGGCAAUCCAACGGCUGCUGCAUUUUGACUUUACAGGAUUCUCUUGCAUUCACAAUAUGUUAAAAUUCAAGUUGCCUUGCGAGAUAAGCUCAUGUUCAAAUCAAA